CACGGCUUCCGGCGCCGACGAACGGUUCCGGCGCGCGCCUGGAACGACUGCGCGAGGCCGCGGAACAGUUGGGACGGGUAGGAGCCGUAGUAACCAGCACCGCAGCCGCCAUGCAGCUGACGGUGAAGGCCCUUCAGGGCCGCGAGUGCAGCCUGCAGGUGGCGGAGGACGAGCUGGUGUCCACGCUGAAGCAGCUGGUCUCCGAGAAGCUGAACGUCCCGGUGCGCCAACAGCGUCUACUUUUCAAGGGCAAGGCCCUAGCAGAUGAGAAACGACUGUCAGAUUACAACAUUGGACCCAGCUCCAAGCUGAACCUAGUGGUUAAACCUCUGGAGAAGGUUUUACUGGAAACGGGCACUGCCCGCAGACUGGCUGACUCUCCACCGACGCCUGUCUGGCAGCUGAUCUCUAAAGUCCUUGCCCGCCACUUCACUGUGGCGGAUGCCAGCAGAGUCCUGGAACAGCUACAACGGGAUUAUGAGAGAUCUCUAAGCCGUCUCACACUGGAUGACAUCGAACGCUUAGCUGGUCGCUUCCUGCACCCUGAACUCUCUGAAGCUAUGGAGAAGGGGUUCCCCAAAUAGCAUCCUUUGAAUAAGGGCAGGAGCCCAAGGCCAGGCCACAGCUGCAUGUUGCAUUAAAUGUGUUCUCAUGUUGCA